AUGUCCGGCGAUAGCAGCAAUCACAAUGUUUUAGGCGGCUUCAACGCUGUUGUGGGCUAUCUCGGCGGCCAAGCUGCCACAAACACCAUUUUUGAGCGCCUACUAUGGCCCCAGCGCUAUCUAUCAAACCCCCAACCAGAGAGCCUCAUCAAGCUUGCAGCGCUCUAUUCCAUGGGUGGGCCACUGAGUGCCACGGCUCUUGCAGUUAUUGACAGCGCCUACAAGAAUGGGAUUUUGGCGGGUCGUCAACAGGGUCAUAUGUUGGGCUCAGCAUUCUACCCCGAUAUUGGGUGGACGACGCAGUUACACGCAUCAAAUACUGACCCUGGCCGAACUUCACAAGCCAGAAGCUGCAUUUGGGUGCGCGCGUUACUGAACCUUCAACUCCCAGAUGUAUCUUCUAUGCGCACAUUGAGUGGCACGCGAUCUUGCGCCGCAGAAGAAGGCCAAGUUGGGGAGAAGAAGAACCCAGUACGAGCAAGAGUUGCAGUGACACACCUCGUUCUCACAAAGGCCAUGGCUGAAGACAUUUCUAACAGCCGUAUGCCAUUUGUUCAAGAGCAUACAGGCAACCUAAGCGGCAUCGGAAUUGCGAUUGGCGUUGGCAUUGUUAAACGAACAUCGUGGGCCGUCUUAUUUCUGAUACCAUUCGUCCUGCGCACACUCGCCGUCAUUUUUGCAGUUCAUCGAGAGCCACUCGACGACCUCUCAAACUUGGAUGAAGAAGAGCAGCAUCAAGACUGGGAAAUUAAUUGCCCUCCAAUUGAAGGCCGGCUGAUGAUGAUCACUGGGCCUCCAAGCGUGGUGAACCAAUUCUUCCGACAUUAUGGCCACCCAGUGCGAAAUCGAAUCCGCGAAGUCAUCCAAAUAGCAAUUGUGGUUGCAUUCGGCCUCUACUUCCCUGUCUCGCUGCUAUGCUCGGUCUUGUGGAUGCCCCUGGUCAUUCAAUACGUUUGGACUAUUUGGGAGGUGUGUCUUGUCAUUGCUAUGCAUAUCGAUAGAUACACUAUCAAAGGGCGAAUGAGCGCAACGACAGAGACGCGUAUUGCAAGAAAGUUUACUUGGCGCCCAGAGACAGAGAUUGAGCCGCGUUGCUGGAAGUCGACGAUUCUAUUUGGGCAGACACGUGAGAAUGGUGGUGGAGUAGUCAAAGCACAGUUGACCACAAGAAUAGUGGAUAGCUAUGGCGAAGGCAAAGAAGAGAUGAAACGACUUGUUACUCGGCAUACAGAUGCAUGA